UCUCGUUCCACCACCUCGUCUGUCGUAAACCUACUUUUCGAGAUGGCGAAAGAGCUUUUCUCGACGUCCAGCUGGCUUCUGGCAAUACCUCCGGAGAUACUGCUUCAUAUUUUAUCAUUCCUUGACAUUCCCGACCUAUCCAUUCUGGCGCAAGUCUCCCCGGAACUCGCUCAUUACGUAGAAGACCCUGUCCUACACCGUUUGCGGCUGCAUGUCGUGGCGCCGUCUCGGCUAUCGCAUUCGCUCUUCGGACAAAGUCCCAGUGGCAUGCCUCUGCGGCCCACCGUCGCUGACUUGGUGCGGCGAAACAUCAUGCGCGGUUUGGGCAUUGAGAGAAGAUGGAGGGCAGGGAUGUAUUUUCAUUCUCAGCACAUGGUGUCGCAGUAUGAGACCUCCCGCCGUCUUCAGCGUACUCACGCGGGUAACAUCAUUGAAUCUACCCUGCGCAAGCGCUCCGCACGGUCGCUUCUGAAUAUUUACUCCGCGCAAGUGCUUCCGGAGGAAUCGACGUCAUCUGUGGUCUCAACUUCGCUAAUAGCCACCAUGCGAAGGCUGAAAUGGUCGAUCCAGCGGGACCGCCUCGCCAAGUUCGUCAAGGCCAGGAGCGACUUGAUGCGUGACGGCGGCACGGGCGCCUGGUUUGAGAGCAAGGGAAAGGUGAUUACGAGUCGGGAGAGCGAGCGCGUCCGUUUGGCGGUUUGUCCCGGGAUUGGUCAGAUCGUUCGUUUUUAUGAGAGUCUUGGUCAUUGACGGGUUUCGUGGACUUUCAUGUCUGGGUCUUUCUAACUCAUGUGGAUGGAGUCUGUUGUACAUGUAUCUGCCUUAUGAAUUCAUCUUCGUUAUUAUCAUUGCGUGUUGCUGUCUUCGUUUUGGGAGAGGGGUUUAGAGGAUUUGGAAAUGAGGUUGAAGCGGUGAAGACCGUCUGAUGCGC